CCACGCAUACAGACACAUACUGGUAUAUAGUUGCUAUGAUAGGGAUAAACACGCCAGUCCUCAACAUAGACAUCGCCGGUAAACUUGUUAACACAGUUCCAUACGGCUAGAAAAUGGACAACUAUACCCUGAACUGUUACUGUGAUCAAAGGGUAUUGAUGAAACGAGAUGAAACUAAAAGGAACGUGGCGAAAGUGCUUCCUCUUGUUUAUGAUAUACUGAGAUACGUUAAUUCCCGGGACAGACGCUUCCUGAUACAACCCCUUAGAGUGGGCAGUUAUGACACGCAUUUGAAGGUGAAAAAAGCGGAUGAAUUUGACUACAACGUCAUCGUUGAUGUCGGUAAACUGGUCUGGGCACCUGGGAAAACAAGAUACUAUGGAUUUAACAACACUGGGGAUAAAGUGGUGGAGAAAAAAGGAUACGCGUUACCGGAUCCCCCGGUUGGUCAGUCUUUUACUAAAAUUGGAUACUUGAAGAAGCAAUGGGAGGCUGACGGACUUAACGACGGAGUUGCUAGUAUGACAUUCGAUGAUGACAUAGUUCCAAUCAAGGUAAAGAGGUGGUUCAAGUCACUUGUUGGCGAGGCAGUUAAUCAGCCAAAAUUCAGAAACCUGAUAACAACAGACAGGAUAUCGAGUUCUCCUGCUACUACCCUGUCUGUGAAAUUCCCGGACAUUCACUACCCAAUCAGCAUUGAUCUUUGCCCUAUGAUCGAAUCUCAGCUGGAGUUUAAACCCGAAUUUCACUGGCCUAGAUCGAACAGUACCUGGCCUUCGCAGCAAAAGAGGUCAGCCAUAAGAAAAGUAGGUGUGAAUGAAAUUGCAAAAGAACCAUUCUACUGGACACUUUCUUUCGCCGCAUGUGAAAAGGAACUUCUGGAUGGAAUUGACAUUAAAGGAACAUGUAGAAAGAAAAGUCAACGGAUCAUGAAGCGACUGAAAGAAGACGUAUGGUGUCCACCAGGUUCGAAGUCAGAAUUGACAUCAUACCACCUAAAGAACGUGCUGUUCUGGGAGUGUGAGGAUCAUCCCUUUGACACCGAAUGGCAGCAGGAACUCCUGGCGGCUCGCGUGAAGUCAAUGACGUAUCGUCUGCUCGGCUAUAUCCAGAGGGGCAUUCUCCCGUUGUACUUUCAUGACGGGGUCAAUCUGUUUUCCAGCAAAGAUAAGGUUGUACUCCAAAAGGUAGCAAAUAACAUCCAGGCAUUUCUUGAUCAGCCAAAACCAUAUCUGUCUGAGUAAUGUUGGCAGUUGUUGUUUGAUAUGUAACAAGUAUUUU